UGUUUGCCUCAGAUAUUCAUACAAAUAAAACAGAACAAGUUGAGCGUGUACUUCAGAAAACAAAUGAUUUUCAAUUCUCGCAUAGUCUUCAGUCUGCUUUUGAUCCUAACGGUCAUCGAGCAUCAGUUGAGCCCAUUUGGCUCGAGUCAAGAGAAGCAGGACAUGCACUAGAGCCUAUUAUUAUAUCCUUUUUUUCUAUUUUAUUGACAUUCUUCUUGAUCUAGCUGUGUUUUCCUUGACUGAUUCUCACAAAGUACAUAGAGGCAUAAGACCCAUCAUGUCAAAGACAGAGAUUAUGCAAGAGACAGAGCCCAUGGAAGUAGACAGUGACGAUAUUGAAGACCUAAGCCCUUUACUUGAAUCGAUACACUUGUUUUCUACGGCCAGCUCUCAGUUACAAGACAAAUCAGACCUUCAAGAUUUAGCUCGUCUAUCAUUGUCUCAACUCAAAAAAAUGAUUUCUUCUGUUGAGUUUGCUUCUUGGUCAGACGAUGUCAUAUUAGAUUUCUUUAAUACUCUGUCAGAAAUAGAGAGUCUACCUAAUACACAUUGGGCACUGCUGAUCUAUGCUAUCUUUUAUAAAAAAAUAGCAGCAUUGGACUCAAGCGCACCGAGAUUAUUAAUGAACAGCAUAGUUCUUUUGGCAAAGAAAGAAGGGAAAGCGAAUAUGGAUGGACUACUCAUACCUCUUUUAUUUCAAUCCAAACUAGCGAAACCUCAAAAUGAAGUAAUUGUGAAAAUAGUCAGUGAAUCUUUGAAUGCAUCACAACGUUAUUCAUUUUUGCAAGUCAUUCUGUUUGAUGGUGAAGCCUAUUUUACAGAUAACCAGGACAUUCUGCCCAGCACAGUUCAAAAGUAUUUAAGACCAUGGAACGACAGUAUUUUCCAAAUUAUCCAUGCCAUCCUCAGUACUCAACCUUUGAUUACAUUCACAAAAACGCCCUUACAUCAUCUUGUGGAAUCUAUACAGGCACUUGUACGAUCCAACCCAAAAGAUAAAGGCUCUAUGCAGAUAUUGUUACUAUUGACGAGUAAAUACAGUCAAUCCAUAAUUGAAUUCGAAUUGAUUUCGCUGGUCGAAGACAUCUGUCAGAUGAGUACAAUGUUCUUAAAGCGCGCUGUGUUAGGACAAAUAGCUAGUAUCAAGAAGAACAUGAAAAAUAUGCAAGAUGGAUGAUUCAGUGAGAUGUGUAAAUGACGCCAUCUAUUCGCUUUGAAAUAAAUCUUGAUAUUGUGCAAUUAGUUGGUUCAGGCUACUCAAUUGACUUUUUU